CUAACACUGCGAGCCGCCGCACCGCCUCCUUCCAACGUCUCCUUCCGCUCACAGUGCGCGUCACGUCCACGGCAGAGCACAGUAGUGCCGCAGCGUGUCGCUUCAUGUUCUUGACGGUCGCUGCACGCUGCGUGGAGCUUUUCCAUCGAUGCCCUCCACCUGAUGUGACAUUUCCACGGCACCGCACGACACAUCUGACGCGAUGAGAGCAAUAGCGGGGCUGCUACACUACGUGGGACUUUAUGUUCAACUUAACGCGGCUCUCAUUGUCGGACACGCAGAGCUGGAUAAUCAUUUAUCUGGAAAUGCUCUUUUCACCGAAGUCCCUCACGACGUCACGACGCAGAGUGGUGAAGAUGUAGAGAUGGCGUGCUCUUUCCGCGGGGCGGGUUCUCCUUCCUCCUUGGAGAUCCAGUGGUGGUACGUCAAGGACCACAGAGACCACCGUGAGAAGCCUGCACAGAUCACAAACGACGUUGGACCUCUGGAGGAGACGUUCAAAGAUGGCACUAAAAUUAGCGUGGUAAAAGUGGCCGGCAGUAACAUUUCCCACAAGCUGUGCCUCUCCAGCGUCAAACCAUCGGAUCAGGGCACGUAUGAGUGCCGCGUCAUCGACUUCAGCGGCUCCGAGGUGCAGCACCAUCGCGUCCGGGCCUACCUCCACGUGGAGCCCAGUCAAGGGUCAGACGUCCGAUUCCCUGGAUCGGGGCAUCGGUCAGAAAGCGACGCGGUCCGCCCACACGAGCACCACCGCCAUCACAGGAAACAGGAAGAGUAAGGAGUGUGCUAGUUGGCGUGCAUGUUCAUGGCGGCGGAGGAGAGGCCGUCGUCGUCACUGUGAGGCGAGGCGGCGCCCGCUGCUGCUCUUUGUACUUCAUCAUGUUUGUACAGUAUGUGCUACUGUAUGUGCUUUGUAGUCACGAAAGGCCCCUUUAAAGUCCUUAUUUGGGGGUGGAGUCUAUGCCGUAUGGGAAUCUGAUGGAUGGAUACAUGCAUUCCAAAGAGCAACAACUCCAGAAUCCUUGGAAUAGCUGGCACUGCAGGGCUUCCGAGCUUUUUAGAGCUGGCCUAGGAUAUUUGUCCAAAUGUACGUAUUGUGAUAUUAUAUCUGCAUUUUCUUAGCAUUUUAUCCACCAAUACAAUAAAAAAAAAAAACACUUGACAUGUUUUGUCAUGUGUGAAUGCUUUCCACUCAUCCAAUUGGUUGAUUUAUUAUGGGCUUGCUCAGUAAUGCAAGCCCAUAUUGUUAUUCCUUGUGAUGUUUAGCUAUUAUUAUAUCUUAAUCUUCCCAUUUUUGUGCGCGUAAUGCGGCCAAAACCGCAAGAAGGACCCCCAAACAUGUUACACCGCCGGAAUCCUGACGCUCAGGACUACAGCGGUAUUUAUUUUUUGGAACGUUUUGUGUAACCAUGGCGACGCUAUUCACCAAAACGUUCCAAAAUGGGCCACUAGAUUAGAUACACCUGUUCUAUUUUUAGAACACA